GCGGGUGAUUCAUACUCGCCUGACCAGCGGUAGCACUGAAAUAAGAAGAUUACAAGCUCAGAUCCUCUGAUUUACAGAGAAAUAAUGCUCAUGUGAAGAGGAAAACGAAAGAUCAGCCUUGACACAGGAUUUAUUUACGUUUUUAGGAUUUUUUUAAUUACAAGGACGGAGGUUUAAGAUGCAGGAGGUGAAGUGUUUAACAUUAAAGGAUUUGCUUGGUGUCAGAACACUGGUGAAUAAGACAGGCUCAGAUGAUGCUGCCAGCAUGAAUGACCAUAAAGAAAACAUCUGCAUGGACAGAAGGAAAAUGACCCCACUGAAGAGCGAGUCUCUGACAGCUGCUUUGAAUGGACAUGGGAAGAUUUCCAGUCCUGAAAUCACCCACAUAACCCCUAUUAAACUCACUGAGAAGGCCCAUCCGGACCCCUGGACGCCAACAGCGAAUCUGAAAAUGCUGAUCAAUGCUGCUAGUCCAGAUAUACGUGACAGAGAAAUGAAGAAAACCCUCUUCAAACCCAUUGAAAAUAAAGGGAAGAUUGCAGAGGAGGAGGAAGAGGAAGAACUUGAUGACUCGUGUCAGUAUGAAGCGUUAGACGAAUCUGAAAGGCGACCCAGUCGAAAACAGAAGAGUUUGGGGCUUUUGUGUCAGAAAUUUUUGGCUUUGUACCCUGAUUACCCAGAAUCCUCUGAAAGCAUCAAUAUUUCCCUGGAUGAAGUGGCCACAUGCUUGGGCGUUGAGAGACGACGCAUCUAUGAUAUUGUGAAUGUGCUGGAGUCUCUGAUGCUGGUCAGCAGAAAGGCAAAAAACAUGUACGUGUGGCACGGACGCUCGCGGCUCCCACAGACUCUACAGGGACUUUUACAGGCCGGUCGAGAUCAACACUAUGAUUUACUGAUGGACCAGAGGGAAGGGAAUGGCCUGCAUGCUGUCCAACACGUGCAGAACGCACACGCCGCCUCCAGCAGGAGAAAGGAUAAAUCGCUCCGAAUCAUGAGCCAGAAGUUUGUCAUGCUGUUCCUGGUGUCCAAAACCCAAACUGUAACCCUCGAUAUGGCUGCUAAGAUUUUAAUUGAAGAGGGUCAGGAAGAGUCCUACGACAGCAAGUAUAAAACUAAGGUGCGGCGUUUGUAUGAUAUCGCUAACGUCCUGACUAGCCUGAAUCUGAUCAAGAAAAUUCACAUGAGAGAAGAAAAGACCCGUAAACCAGUCUUCAAAUGGAUCGGGCCUGGAAAUUUUCAAAGCAGCAGCAAUUCAGAUGAUUUGAGAGGUCAAAUCAGCAACUCCGGCACUGAACGACGGGAGAAAAUGGCACGUCAUUCUUCCUUCCAGGUCAUUACUGCCCCUCCUGUCAAUCAAAGACUGAUAAGCUCCGCCCCCAGCACGCCUCACAGAUAUUCUACAGAUGAGCCGGUGGAUUACUCCAGGAAAAGCGGGAACAACAGUGCAGUGUGUCGACUGCAGUUUGGAGACGGUGUUCAUCCCAGUGUUAGUCCUGCAGUUCCCUCUGCACUGGCGUCUCUAGCGAUGCCUCUUCAAGCUGAUCUGAUGCCCGUUCCAGCUUCGUUCUCUCACCCGCUGGCAAUCCUGCCGCAGACGCCCCUGCUCAUGCUGUACAGCGGGAACAUUUCUGACGGUGCCUCCAGCCUGAGAAAGAGGGAGAGAUCAGAGGAAGACGACCAUCAGACCACAAAAUGCAGAAGACGCUCGGCAUCCAUAGAAAGUGACACAGUGGAGAGCGAGAGCUUGAGCUCCAGCACCAGACGGUCUCCAGUCUGCUCUCCCGAAGGCUCUCCGUGGGACGAGGCCUCGUUCGGGGGUCUGCAUGAAGAUGAUGUGGCUGCAUCCAGUUCCAAAGACGCCCUCCUGUCCCCUCAUUACCUCUAUGUGCCAAACACUGCAGGUCUGAAUAGUUUUAACUUCCUCCUGCCAGCAGGGCACGCGCAGGGUGGAGUGCCGGCCGUAGCCAUGCCAUAUUUUGUGGUGCAAUCACCACUAAUAGCAGGUGCAAUGCCCACAUCCAGCACUGAAGGGGCUGCUGGCUUCAGUGUGCCCACCGUUCUGUCGCCCGCACAGUUUGUGAUGGCAGGAGGAGCUUAUGGUGUGACUGAAAUACUGCAGAGCCCAGAACAUCAUGGGAACGUACCAGCCACAACAUCAUCACCACGAGCAGAAGAGAGCCCGAAACCAGCACAAACACAGACUCCUGUGACACCAAAGGAAGCAUCGCUGGGGUCCAAAUCUUUCUUCGAGACACCUGGGGCAUUUGGGUCUCUCGUCAACCAAUCAGCAGCUCGCAAACGAGGCUCCGCCCAGAGGAGGCUGGACAUCGGGCACACCGCAGCCAAUUAGAUUCGAGUUUUCAGGCUUCUGUGGUCCUAAAGUGCCAAAGACGAAGAGCAGAAACAUGACUUGAACAAUACAAACAUUUCCUGUGUACUAACUAGUGAACAUCAAAGUCAGAGAGUGUAGAUUACUAUUAUAUUUCCCCACCGUUUCCAAUAGUAAGCUUGUUUGUUGGCUGAUUUUGUUAACCCCUUUUAUUUAUUAUAAUCUUUCAAAGGCUAAAAUCAUCAACAAUCCAACUUCAGCACUACAUAUUUAAAUAAAGUGAUUAAUUAAAGCCUCUGAAAGACAAAAACUAGCAUCGUCAAACAAUUAAUCACGAUUAUUCGCAUCCAAAAAUAAAAGUUUGUAUUUGCUAAGUAUAUUUUUGUGCAUACUGUGUAUAUAAAUAUAUGCAUGACUAUAUUAUGUCACUAUUAUUAUGUGAUUAUAUCGUAAAAACAUACAUAUUUGUUUAUAUAUAUUUAUAUUUAAUGCAAAUUAUAUAUAAUACAUAUGUAAAUAUAAUUACUUUUGUAUUUUAUGUACAGUAUGUAUGUGUAUUUAUACAUAUAUGCAUACAUAUACAUGUAUACACUAUGUAAAUACAAUCUUUUAUCUUGGAUGUGCUUAAUUAUGAUUAAUAAUUUGACUGAAUAAAGCAAAUAAAACACGCUUUCUUUAGUAAUUCAUAGGUAAAAGUGCCAUAUUGGAGAAGCCGACUUGCCUUAUAAAUAUAUUACAUGAUGCCUUCACUGAGAAGUAAUGAAUUUAGAGUACAAUAUGAGAUAAAGAACGAAAUAAUGGUUGUAAUUUUUAACACCGUUAACCGUUUGAGGUGCUACAUCUGUAAUAUUAAUAGGGAACAAAGACAUACUUGAAUAAGCAGUGAAUCUGCCGGAGAGAAGCAGGAUUAUCACAGUACUGUACUGUUUGAAACUAAAGUAUGUUUAUGUACUGUGUUUUUUAGACUAGUCGUAAAUUAUUUUGGAGUUUGGAUCGUAUUUUACACCUUGUUGAGCUGUACAGUAUUUACAGUUAUUCCACUGUAACUCGUAGCAUUGAAUAUUUUUGUAUUUCUGUCAGUGUUUUAAAUGAAUGUCUGUGGAUGUUUAAAGCUGCACUGCUGAAUCUGUAUAGUGCUUUCUGUUAGAUGUAUUUUUUUUAUUAUUUCAUGUAUGGACACUGUUGUCGUUCUAAAUAAAUAUAUGCAAAAUGCAA